CCCUAGAAGACCCCUUCGAUCAGCCUUCACAAACUCACAACCAUACACUCAGAACACUCUUCCAUCAACCCAACAACUACCGCAAACCUCUACCGCCCUCUCUUCACUCCCAGGUUUUUCUCAAACACAAGCAAAAUGGGCCACGAAGGUGUACACAACCUCCAGACCAAGUCGGCUUUCGACGCGGCUCUGGAGGAGAAGGGUCUGUUGAUCGUUGACUGCUUCGCGACCUGGUGCGGACCCUGCAAGGUCAUCGCUCCCGUAAUCGUCAAGUACGCCUCCGCUUUCUCCAACGCGCGCUUCUACAAGCUCGACGUCGAUGAGGUCCCCGAUGUCGCACAAGAGCUCGGCAUCCGCGCUAUGCCCACCUUCCUCCUCUUCAAGGACGGCGUGAGGGUUCAGGAGGUCGUGGGCGCUAACCCCUCAGCCCUCGAGGCCGCCAUCAAGAAACACUACGACGAGUAGAUUGCUGUCCGCGCGCAUAGACUAUCUCACUCGGCAUAAUGGUGUUGGCUGUGGAAGCGAGUUUGGAAAUGGCAUCUUGCAGGCAGUUGGUCCUGAGUGGUCGGGGCAGAGUGCAUAGGGUGGGACAUUUGGCAGCCCAGAUAUCUUGAUACCAUCCUUGAAAUGACAUGUCCUGCUACAAACUCUGAUGUCGUUGUAAAGUUUUUUUGUUUUAAACCUGGUGAGGCUGACUGUAUGUGAAGGAUUGCUUAUAAAUGCAGGUAUUUGACUUGGACAUAGAUCGGCUUUACAAACUCCAAAAGCCGACCAAGAGCAACGACGACGAAGUAGCAGAGCUGGUAUCGGAUGCCGCCCAAA